AUUGGCAGCCCCGGUGCGAGCGAUGUGCUGCUGCUGCUGCCUGUCCGCCCCGGGCUUCCUGGGCCCGGCGGGCGGGGACGGUGAGCUGCUGCUGCUGCGGCGCCUGUCGUGGCUCAUGAUCCUCACGGGCGCUGCGGCUUUCCUGCUCCUGCAGUUCGUCGACUUGCCCUACGGCCGGUUCGCCUCCAGGAAGUUCGGCUUCCCGGUCCACGUGAAGCUCGCCUGGUGCGUGCAGGAGGCCCCGGCCAUGGUCCUGCCGCUCUACCUGGGGCUCUGCAGCGCGGGCAGCGCUUCCUCCCUGCAGCGGCCCAACCUGGUGCUCCUGAGCAUGUUCACCAUCCACUACAUCCACAGGGCAUUUAUGUUCCCCUUUUUAAUUAGAGGAGGAAAGGCAACACCUUUUAUUCCAUUUAUAUUGGCGUUCACAUUUUGCGUUUAUAAUGGAUAUCUGCAGGGCAGAUACCUAAGCAGGUUUGCUAUUUACCCAGCAGAUUGGAUAACUGACCCACGUUUCCUCACAGGUUUGGCAGUGUGGCUUUCUGGAUUGUUACUCAAUGUUACUUCUGACCACAUCCUCAGAAACUUGCGUAAACCUGGAGAAACAGGAUAUAAGAUCCCAAGGGGAGGAAUGUUUGAAUACGUAACUGGUGCUAAUUUUCUUGGAGAGAUCGUGGAAUGGACAGGAUUUGCCAUAGCUUGCUGGUCGCUGCCAAGUGCAGCGUUUGCUGUGUUUACAUUUAUGGUUCUUAUUUCUCGUGCUUCGCAACAUCACAGGUGGUAUCUGGAAAAGUUUGAAGAUUACCCAACAUCAAGAAAGGCUUUAAUACCAUUCCUGUAUUGAAAGAUCAAGCAGUUCAAUGUUGGAAUCACCCAGUAAGAAGUGUUGACUGUAUUGUACCUAAAAUCUGGUUGAACAAUUCUAGAAAUGCAUAAUUAACUUUUGUACUCAACCACUGACAUCCAAAUUGAAAUCCUCAUAUUACACAGAUUAUCUCCGCCCAUUAUAACUACAAAAUUGUAUUGACUGCAAACAAUAACAUUGCUGGAAAUUCCCCCCGAAACCAAUUCCAUUUGGAAUUGCCGGGUGAGCCUCAGCCACUCUUUGCCCACUCUCUGGAACUCCAUCCCGCAGUUCCUCUGUCUCGCCUCCUCCCUUGCCACCUUCAAGACCCUCCUCUUCGACCGUUCCUUCAGUCAUCCUCUCCCCCCAGCUCGGGUCUGAAACGCUGACUGUCCAGCACCUUGGGAUGUCCUCCCAAUGUGAAAGGCGCUAUACAAAUGUCAUUUUGUUGUUGUUGGUGUUGUCAGUGAUGUUCAUAAGAUCGAUCUGAGUGGAGAAAGUCCUACAGGGCAUUCGUUCUCAUGUUGCUGUAUAAAAUAUAUAAAAAUAAAAAAUUUGUUUACUC